AUGUGUGGCUUCUCACGCCGCUUCGACACCUACCGGGAAGUGCGCUCGAAAAUCACACCGCGGCUAACCGGGCGGCCCUCCAUCCUCCGCAGCCAGACCUGCGACAAAUACGACCCCUCAGGCUUCUACGUUGCCUACGCCGCCUGGUCGGCCGGGGUCUUCGUCGAUAUGGCAGUGCACGACAUCGACCUAACACUCUUGUUUCUGGGCGAGGACUCCCUACCCAAAAGCAUCGCGGCCUACGGCAUCACCGCCUUCUGGGGCGGUAAGGUCGCCUACUACUACUGCUCUCGCAUGAUGCCGCACGGCCAGGAGGAUACCACCGAGGUCAUCGGCACCGAGGGGAAGUUGUCCGUCAAUAUUAACCCGCAGCGGGACUUUGUGAAUUAUGAUCAUCUGGGCGGAAAUUACGCGCGAUGUGCCGCCGAAUUUGUGGGGAGGCUUGGCGAGGCGUUUGUGCGUGAGGCGAAUGAGUUUUCCUUGGUUUGUUUGGAGGGGUCGGCUUUGCCGGUUAGGUUGGGCAAUGCGGUUAAGGCUGUCGAGAUUGGGGCGUAUUUGCAGGAGGCUUUGGUCACGGGGAAGCAGAUUCGGUUUUGA